GCGUGGUGGCUACUGAAGGGUCUGGUGCACUCUAGAGAGGCAUGGGAGCGCCAUUGGCAUCAGUCACCUUCCAGGAUGCUAUGGUUUUCCAAGUAUAUGCCGUUCUGUCCCGAGCACUGGACUUUUCUGUUCCUGUCAACGAUCCUCCAUCCUACAAAAGUGUUGCUUUGGGAGUUGGUACAGAAGCCAUACAGAGCAUUCUGCCCUCCCCUUUAGAACUUGUAAAAAUACGCCUUCAGUUUGCAGAACAGAGUUCCUACACGGCUACACCUCACCAUCCCACAACUUCUUCUCAAAGAAGGCCUAUCAGUGUUGCUAAAAGCAUAUGGAGAACAGAAGGUUUGAGGGGAUAUACAGGGGAUUUACGUACCAUCACUGUCCUCAGAGAUGUGCCUGCUUACGGCUUCUACUUCUGGACGUACGAAUGCACCAGAGAGAAGCUCCAUCCUCGUUGCAGAAAGAGGGGCGAUGAGAGCCUUAGAACAAUGCUGGUAUCAGAAAGGUUGACAGGAGUUGCUAGCUGGGUCAGCUGCUAUCCCCUAGAUGUUCUGAAAACCAGACUGCAGGCUCAGUCAGCAUCCUCUCCACUGAAAUAUAAUGGCGUUGUUGAUUGCCUUGGUAAAAGUGUGAAGCAGGAUGGGUAUGGCGUGCUCUUGGCGAGGAUUAAGAACUGCAGUUGCUAGAGCUUUUGUGGUGAAUGGAGCUGUCUUUGCAGCUUAUGAGACAACACUCAGGUGUUUGUUCAAUAAUGGAAGCAUUCAAAA